AUGGCUGCCCCAGCAGAAAAGACCCUUCGAAACCUAGAUGGCACCUGGGUCAUGAACAAGUCCUUGUCCGACUCGGCCGACCCAGCCCUGGCGCUGCAGGGCGUGGGCUGGCUGACCCGCAAGGCCAUCGGCCUGGCGACGGUGACGCUGCACAUCAAGGAGUACGUGGACGAGGCCGGGGUGACGCACGUCGACAUCCAGCAGACGGCGACGGGCGGCGUCAAGGGCAACACGGAGAACCGCACGCUGGACAACAGCUUCCGCGAGCACAGCGACUGGCUGUUCGGCAACGUCAAGGGCCGCACGGGCUGGGUCGCGUCCAAGGACGGCAUCGCCGACGGCAAGGACGAGUUCCUCAAGAAGGGCUGGGAGGACGCCCAGGCCGAGUUCGUCGUCGGCUACGUCGAGAGCCUCGACCGCGGCUGGACCGCCUGGCAGGUCUGGGGCUUCCAGGAGGUCAACGGCGAGCGGAGGUACGCGCGCAACAUCGUCGUGGCCAAGGGCGACGAGCGGGUCGAGAUGAGGCUCGUCUACGACUUUUACUCGGAGGAGCCUUAG